AUGUACCUCAGGUGUCUCACUCAUCUAGAGCCUAGGAGAUGGAACCAGUGGCUAUCCUUGGUAGAGUGGUGGUACAAUACCACCCACCACACAGCCAUACAGAUUACUCCAUUCGAGGCAUUGUAUGGUAUUCCCCUUCCCCAGCUAGCUGUGGGACCCUACCUGCAAACCAGGAUAGCUGCAGUUGGAGACUAUGUCAGGGAAAGGCAGCAAAUAGAUAGCAUGCUGAAGCAGAACUUGAAGACGGGUCAAGAAAUGAUGAAAAAGUAUGCUGAUGAAAGUAGAAGCGAGAGGCAAAGCUCAUUGGCUCUCAGAGGGAACACCAAGCUCACAGCUAAGUACUUUGGCCCCUACAAAGUAGAAGAGAAAAUUAGGAACGUAGCUCACAGACUGCAGUUGCCUACCACCACAAAGGUUCAUCCUGUUUUUCAUGUAUCACUACUCAAAAGGAAAAUAGGAGGCAAGGUCACCCCUACACUCCAGCUGACUAAAAUUGAUGAGAAGAGACGCUGGAAGGUUGAGCCAGUAGCUGUGCUUGACAGAAGAAUAGUGAAAAGAGGAAAUGCUGCUGCAGUACAAUGGUUGAUCCAUUAG